AUGGCUUCCGAGACAUCGCCAGACGUGCCCAAGGGCAAGAAGAGGUUCAUUCCUCUGGAGAACAACCCGGAUGUCAUGUCCGCUCUCGUUCACAAGCUCGGUUUGUCGGAGAAGCUUGCUUUCCACGAUGUCUUCAGCAUAGAUGAGCCCGAACUGCUUGCUUUCGUACCGCGGCCUGCCCACGCUCUACUCCUCGUCUUCCCCGUCAGUAAGACAUACGAAAAGUUUCGCGUACAGGAAGACCAAGACAAGGCGGAAUAUCAGGGCCAUGGCCCAGAUGAAGAGGUCGUCUGGUACAAGCAGACUAUUGGUAAUGCCUGUGGUUUGAUCGGUCUGCUCCAUGGUGUCUCCAAUGGCUCUGCACGCGCCCACAUCAAGCCCGACUCGAACCUGGCCAAGCUGGUCAACGACGCGAUACCACUCAAGCCCAUCGAACGAGCCGAUCUCCUCUACGAGUCUGAAGCACUUGAGAGCGCACAUCAAGACGCUGCAUCGGGAGGCGACACCGCGGCACCCGAGGCCGAUUCUGACGUCGAUCUGCACUACGUCUGCUUCAUCAAGUCGGACAAGAACCAUCUGUGGGAACUUGAUGGUCGCCGGAAGGGUCCUCUUGACCGUGGCGCAUUGGCUCCAGACGAGGAUGUCCUCAGUGAAAAGGCUCUUGAUCUGGGUGUGCGCAGUUUCCUCAAGCGCGAAGCAGAAGCUGGUGGAGGCGAACUACGUUUUAGUCUGAUUACGCUUGCCGAAUCGUUCUAG